AUGAGCACCAACAAGAAAGAAAUGCUUUAUAUCUCUAGGUAUAUCAUUCAUACUCAGUCGUCUCAGAUAGUAGUUUGGAAAGGAGAGCCCGAGAAAGAAUGCUCUCUUCUGUCUGAGAAGGCUCCUGCUGAGCGACAUUCCAUUGGAAUCUUAGAAAAAAGAAGGCCUUCCUCUGAUGCCACGAUAGAGAAAGGAAAGAAACAUCAUUGUUCCUCAACGCCAUCCAAGUCACUAUUGGGAAAGGACGAUCCUGGUAAACCAGUUGUGCAAGAAACAACGGUCGACAAAAAUGACCGACGCAAGAAGUUUUCUAUUUCUUUAUCUCGAAAGGAGAUCGAAGAGGACAUCAUUAUAUUAACGGGGAGAAAACCGGAUAGAAAACCUAAAAAGAGACCAAAAGCCUUGCAAAAUGAGCACUCGACGCUCUAUUCCUCUGCUUUUGCUGUCGAGAGUCACAUAGAUAUGUAA